GUGCAUUGUGUGUCUAAUUAACCUUUUAUUGUGGUUUUUGGACGUUUUGUUGGAUAAAAUGUGAGUAUAUUGUGAGGACAUUGCAGAGGUGCGCCACGGCUAGGGAAAUGAUUUGGGGCUUUCGUUCGCUCGACGCACACGCACCGUCAGCUGGUAGGUGGCGUUAGGUGUCAUUCGCGACCUAAGGCCACCAAAACAUGACUUUUUCAUGACUUUCCGGCGCGAUUUUCUCCCUAACGAGCAAUGUUAGAAAUGUGUCCAGUAGAGGCGUAUUAUGGCUCAAUGUCGUUCUAACACAAAGUUGAAGGAUUCCUUGCGGCUGAGAAGUGGUACUAGCUCUGUGAAGGACGACAGCGGCUACGACCAGAGCCCUGAGGAGCCCCUGGCUGACAGUGCCUUGCCCGAGUCAGACGGAGAGGAACACAAGUCCCGGCCAACCUCGACUAUCACUCUCAGGUCUAAAUCCAGAGCUGACAGCCAGUCUGUACCUGAUGUCGGAAGUACGGGAUCGUCUCCCACCACACAUUCCAACAUGAAAACUAAACAGGCUAAAGAUGAGCUGGACAAGAGCAUCGAUGAGGAAAUUACUAUAGAACCCAAGACCCGACAGGCCAAGAAGAAGGCUUCUGAUAUCAGCGAAGAGAACAAAGCCAGCCAAGAUGAACCCAAGACAUCCAAAGAAACUAAGAAAAAUUUAAAACCUAAAGCUGUUGUCAAGAAACGACCGCUGGGGAUUCGGAAAGCCUUGAGAAGCAAAAAAGUUAUCACUACAGCUAAAAGUAAACUCAAGAAUGUUAUAAAGCAGACCGCCGCCACUAGAGGCAGAAAGCCUGUGGUGAAAACUGAACCUGAGGAUCCUCAAGACAAGGAGACUGUUCCACUGAUACCUGUUGCUGAAAUCAAGAAGGAGCCUGUUGACGAAACAACUCCUAACUCUAGGUCCUCAAGUCCUAAGACGGCUGGCAGGAAACAAAGACUUACAUCAGAUAAAAUCAUGCUCAAGUCUGUUCUUGCAGAGUCACCCACAAGCCUCUUGGGGUCUCGGACCAGCCCGUACUCCAUGCGCUCCGAGCGCAGCAAUAGCCCAUCCUUGGUUGAAAAUAAAAAUGUUAGAAGGGGAAAGCCAAGGAAUGUAAAAAGCAAACUUUUAAAUGAGGUUGUUAUGAAAGAACAGAAUAAGCGACGCAGGCUACUUUCUGAUUCAAAGACUAGUGACACCACAGAUGCCUCGGAAGACUGUAAGAAACUAAAGCGAGGCCGCUCCUGCUCUCGGGAGGGCAGUGAGAUCUCCAAAUGUUCUGACAUCACCGAGUCGGAUGUCAGUCUGAGCGAGACACUCACAGACGCUGAUGGCAAGGAGCUCAAUAAAAAAUUAGAAAAGCCUAAGACUGAACUAGAUUUAGAUUUUGAAAAUAAUGUACAGAUCUCUAUUACAGAAAAAGUGCCUUCUCUCAUUGAUCCUAAAUUAACAGAUCCUGUAACGGAACCUAGCUGUAACACAAAUGAAAAGAGCAAGAAAAACACGAGCUUAAAAAGAAGUACUUCAUUAGACUCCGACAACAAUAAUAGUAAUAGGCUAAAGUUAGAAAAUUUAAAUUCAUCAGAAGAUAAGAAAGGGAAGACUGAUAAAGACACGCUUCUGGACGCCCGUAGUAGUAUACUCAGUAGUAUGUCCAAGACUUUUAACACUAAGGAGGUAGCGAAGAAUUUAAGGAAAGCCAGACGAGGCCGAAAGGUGGCGGCGGCGGCGAGGUCACGCGUCGGCUUCCAGUCGGCCUCGCGACGAGCCUCUGCCGGCCAGGCCGACGACACAGACAAGACCGAGACCCUCGAGACCCUGUCCAAGGAAAUCGACGAUCUCAUUAACAAUUUGGACCAAAACAUAGACCGCGACCACGAGAUGGCCAGCGAAACCGCAGAUGAGGUGCAGACCAAAUCCGUCUCCAAGUUUUAUGGCCUUUCUAAGCCACUGGGAGACAACAAUAGCAUCAUCACACCGGAGACACCUGUCAAAGACAAAGAGACUCCUUCCGUUACGACUGACAGCACGCCGUCUAAGACUGAUGACAGUGAAAACAUAAGACUACAUUAUGAAGAAGACUCCCUAGAAAAGGCAGUGGACGCUAACAAACCAGAAAUCACCUAUAAAGUUAGCUCAGUCGCGAGCAUAGACAAACUCAUGGAUAGAUUGAAAGUUUUCGAAGAAUUUGACAAGAAAAGACAGAGGCAGGAGUCUGAAGUUAGAUCGACUGACAGCAAAACGGUUAUGGUUACUAAUGACGUCGUUCUAAUCAACAAAUCGGGAGCAGACAUAAAGCAACUAAAAGACGUGCAAACUGUAAGAUCCCCUGAAAGACCCAUUGAAAAGGAAAAUGUACUGAGCUGUUUUGAAAAUAAUUCUGCCAUAUCUAUAGUUAAAAGAGACCAAGUUAGAAAAUCUAUUGAUAUUGACUUACCUAACUCUGUAACUUUAAUAAAGAGGAAUAGUUUUAGUUCAAGGAAAGAAUCUACAAGCUCCAAUCAUUCAAAGGAAUCUGAUGCUAUCAGCAUUUUCGAGAAAUCACUGGGCAAAGAUGUGACGUUGACUGAAAUCAGGAAAUCUGUGGAUAAAUCGGCUCCUGCUACGCAGGUGGAUUUACACCAGUUUGCUACCCUGCAUCCUAACAACCCCACGGCUAGUCUUAAGGGGGUUGUUUUAGAUACGAGUCAGAUAUCAAUAACGCCCCGUGUGGUGGAAUCAAGUCUUCGUAGAUCGAGGGAAUCUCUAUCUCGAAAAACGUCUGAAUCAGCUAUAGAGCCAGAAGAGAAGAUGGCAGUUUUAGAGAAAAUAAAAUCGCCUCCUCCACAGAUUAAAUCACCACCACCGACGCCGGUCGUAGUGGCACCGACACCGAUCGCAGUGGCACCGACGCCGAUUGCAGUGGCACUGACGCCGAUCGCAGUGACACCGACGCCGAUCGCAGUGGCACUGACGCCGAUCGCAGUGGCACCGACGCCAAUCGCUGUAGCACCGACGCCUGUAGCCGUCAAGUCUCCUGAAGUAAAACCUAUGGAGACUGAAGCCCUCGCGCCUCCUCUAGAAAACGUCAAAAUUGUUCCUGAAGACAUAUCUCUGGCCACUGAAAUCCCGAAAGUUGUUAGCGUUGUACCUGACAAACCUGCAGAGAUUACUCCUAUUGAGCAGCCUGAGGCCACACAACCAAAGCUUGUAAAGCCUGAACCAAUGGUUGAGGACAUCCUCAAAGUCGAAAAAGUAGAAGAAAAGAAGGAAACCCCUGAUGAAGCUAAAGAAGAAAAAAUGGAAGUUUCUGAAGAAGCUCAAGAAACGGGAACUAAAACAGAGACGCCGGUUGAAACUAAACCAUCAGAAAGCAAGCUAUCUGAAUCCGCAGACCUCGCUAAACCAGGCAAGAGUCCCGGUAAAACAAGUAAAUCUGCGCGUAAUUCGACCGAAAGCCAACCGGGCCCCAGCACCAUGCUGCACGAAACGCCUGAAAGCCAAAAACGUAAAGAGAAUGUACUUAGAACUCUUGGUUUAUUGACUCACAAGGCCGCUAAAGAGGCAAAGAUAGAGAAACUUAAAGAAAAACAGCGGAUCGCUAAUAUGAAUGUGAUGAAGAAGUCGAAACAAGGUUCCGGGGACUACACGGGGACGUUAAAGACGGUUAUAAAGCUGAAUAGGGGCGGGGCGGACAGAGAUAAGAAGAAAUACAGGAGUUCGUUGAAGAUGACGUUCCAGAAGAGCAAGAACCGUGCUGGCAAGUUGGCGCCAGAGCCGGGGGACGCAGCGGCCGAGGAUGACGCCUACUACACCAUCGAACGACGAGAGGCCUUCGCCGGAGCCGCAUCAGAGGGUGGGCACAGAAAGUCUUACAGUAACCGUCUUAACCACGUGGAAGCCGAAGCAGCCCCGGAGCCAGAGCCCAAAGAGACCCUCAACCUGGUGAUCCCGGAGAAGGCCUCCUCGUUCAGCAUCCACCCGGGCCGGCUGUGCCAGGACCAGUGCUUCUACUGCGGGGGCAAGUUUGGGCUGUUCGACACGCCCUGCCAUAUCGCCCAGAUGAAGAGUACCGAGAGGCAGAAGAAAGUUUUGGACAACGAGGAGCGGCUGACCAUAGACAGUUGCCUGUGCGACGCGUGCUACCGGCACGUGGACCGGCGCGCCAACUGUCCCUCGUACCGCAAGCGGGCCCCUAAGCCGCCGGGACAGCCUCCGCAGCCACAACAAGCGGAGAAGCCUGUGAGCCCUACGGGCACGGGCGAGCCGUCGGAGUCGGACUCGGACGCGAGCGCCGGCGCGCGCUGCCACGCCGCGGGCUGCGCCGCCGCCGCCGCGCGCUCCAUCCGCCGCAAGUGGCUCAUCAAGAUGCGAGCCCCAGUCAGCAAGCUGUUGAAACUACAAAGCGACUACCCCGGGCUACAUACCCUCGGGCUAUGCACUGUGCACUACGCGUUGCUGGCGCCGCUACUGGCCUGUGCCCUGUGCCGCCGCCGCCUCACCAAGCACCAGCACGUGCACAUCCUUCAGCAAGGCCACAACGAAAUCAACCCUCUGCUGGCGGCGGCGGGCAUCCCCGUGGAGCUGGCCGACAAGCCGGUGCUGUGCAAGCUGUGCCGCUACUACACCACGCUGCUGCGCCGCCCCGGCGACAACCCCGCGCACGAGCGCCAGUACCGCCGCAGAUUACUUCAAGUGCACAACAUCGAAGUGCCGCCAGAAUCGGAAAACGAAGGCGAAGACACGCAACUACAGCUCGACGAGAGCGCGCGGCGCAAGAAGGCGCGCUCCAAGAACAAGCGCAAGUCCUCCGACCCCGACCGGCCCGACAGCGACUCCCCCGAACGCACGGACAGCCCCGAGAAAGACAAGAACCAACCCAAGGCACAACCCGACGAAGAGGAUAUAGAAAGCCUCAUAUCCUCAAACAAAAUUCUCGUCCCCAACGCCAAAGGCGCAGAACCCAUGCAGAGCGAUGGCUCAGACCCUGACGGCUUCGACAUGGACCCCGUCCUGGACAAACAGACCGAACUACAGAUCCUCCUACAGAAACAGAACAACCCUGCACAGUUCAUGCACAACCAGGCAAAUCUGACACAGAAGCAGAGAAACAUCUUGAAAGUCCACCAUCUUUCCGGCAUACAGAAACCUGGCUUACAACAGAGGAUAAACGAUAAAAACGCUCGAAGACUACAUAAGCUAGGACAAAUGAUUGUAAAGCAAGAUAAAAACAAGGAUGACUUAGAAAUAUUUGAUCCGGAGAAAUCUAAAGAUGUGAACAUGAAGAAUUUGUCUAUUAAUGAGGAGUGCACUAUUGAGAGUAUACCAAAUAAGAAGCCGGCGGAUAUAAACACUCUGAAAAACAAAUGGCAGCAAUCUGAAAGCUUUACCCAAGUUAAGAAAAACCUAAGUGAGUUGUCAAAGAAACUGACAGUGGAAAAAGAUCCUAAACAGAAAUCUGAGGUUAAAUACUCCAAUCCGGUUAAAAGGCUCGAAACGAAUCCAUCUAUUUCAGUUCGAGAACUAUUUCCGGGUGAGGAGGAGAUGAAUCUACAAUGCAACAUAGAGUUCAGCAACGUUAAAGGGGUAACGCCCGAAGGCUGGGAGAAAUGCAGCACCACAAUACAGUAUGAUGUUGAAACAAAGAAGCUAUGGAACGACCUCCAAAGACCGUACGGGAAUCAAUCGAGCUUCCUGAGACACUUAAUUCUUUUAGAGAAGUACUUCAGAAGCGGGGAUUUAGUCCUAGCGCAUAACGCGUCCCCAAACGCCGCGAAUUACAGCGAUUCGGUCCAAAGCAGACUUCGGGCGUACGAUAAUGUCGUAAACGACGCUCCUAGGAGAAGCGAGCCGGCUAUAAGUCUGAUAGAAUUCAGGAAGAAGCCAGCUGUGAACGGUAAAAGUUUGCUAAAGACCAAUCAGAGCAUGGAAGAUAAGGAUCCUAAGAAGUUCAUGCCGCCGCCGCCGGCGCUGCCCAAGCCUAAGCCAAAGGAGAAGAAAUCCAAGCCGCUGCCUCCGGAGUUGAUAGCUAUUAACACACCUAACGCUCAGGGGAGGAAAGCUAUACAGAACGUUCUUCACAAUAUACAGCAGUUAGUAAAGGGGGUGUCGGCGUCGGAUCCGACGGAGGUGGCGGCGUCGCCGGUGCCGGUGUCGCUGCCGGUGCCGGUGCCCGUGCUGCCGGCGCCGGCGCCGCCACCGGCCAACACGCCGGAUAAGAAGAAGGAGGACAAGCCACACACGCCUAAAAAGCAGAAAACUACGAGCAAGCCGUGGCGGCCGACGCUCAUGCCUAUUACGCCGGAAAACGUCGCUCGAGCGGCCCGCGAGCCGAUCCAAACGGCGGUCGACGGCCGCCGCCUCCCCAGCCUCGUCAAAGUGAUGUCCUCCGGCAAGCAGUACCACAUCACGCUGCAGGACUACAACAAAAUGUGCGUCAUGCGCCGCGAGAAGCUGCAGCAACUCGGCCACGACGAGAAACCUAAGAAACCGGAGACGGAGACGGUAGUCACAGAGGUUCAGACCUCAGCCAUGCUCGGAAACGGAGGCACGGUAGUCCAAAACAUCACAGAAAACUCGGAAAAACUAGAUAUAACGCACGGGUCGAACGCGGCGACCAUCCUGAAGAACGUCGGCUUGAAGAAUAUAACUAUAGCCCCGAUCACGCCUAAAACGGCCACAGUGACCUCCCAGACGUUCCCGGCACCAGUAGUCACGUCUCCGUCGCUACUCGUCACGUCGACGCCUCUAAAACUGCCUCAAUUAGGCCCAGCAGUGUCUAUCACUAGCGAAGCUGUCCUACCAAGUCUGCCUAUAAUAGCAUCGAGCCCGAUGAUAAUGCCAAAAAUCCCCAAGUCGCUAACUGUGAUACCGCAGUCGCUGAGCGUCACGCAGUCGCUGAGCGUCACGCACGCGCACGUGCCCGGCGCGCUGCCGGCGCCCGACGCGCGCCCAUAACGAAGCCUGAUCUUCCUGCUCAUGUAGCGAGCGCCCAAGGCCGCCAGUGUGGCCGGCGACAGUGAACUCAGUGAGUGACUGUGAGCAGCGAGCGUCCGCAGCUGCAGGCGUGGCCGGCGACAGUGAACUCAGUGAGUGACUGUGACUAGCGAGCGCCCGCAGCUGCAGGCGUGGCCGGCGACAGUGAACUCAGUGAGUGACUGUGACUAGCGAGCGCCCGCAGCUGCAGGCGUGGCCGGCGACAGUGAACUCAGUGAGUGACUGUGACUAGCGAGCGCCCGCAGCUGCAGGCGUGGCCGGUGACAGUGAACUUAGUGACAGUGUGUAGCGAGCGCCCGCAGCUACCGGCGCGGCCGGCGACAGUGAACUUAGUGACAGUGUGUAGCGAGCGCCCGCAGCUACCGGCGUGGCCGGUGACAGUGAACUUAGUGAUUGACAGUGUGUAGUGAGAGCCGGACGACAGUGUCGCGGCGUCACCGUGAAGCCUUAUAAUUAUACCGUGUACAUAUAGUUAAGUGGACUCGACGGCGGUCGUGUUAAAUAUAUCAUAUUACUCUCGAUUAUUAGGCUUUGUUUCUAUUUGCGCAAAUGAUGCGAAUCUUUAACCGAUGCCGGUUUCCUUCUAAAUGCUGAUUGACUAAUUUAUUAAUUGUACUAAACUCAGACCGAGAUAAAUCUGCGGCUAUUUUUACAGCACAAACGUGGAAGUGUUAUUUUAAACGUCAAACUUCUAUGAAAUUAUGUCGUUUUGAAUAACACUUGCACCUCUGUGUUAUAAAGUUAUCUUGAUCUGACUCUACAGGAUAUCAGAGAUUUGGAGUAGGAUAGAAUACUGAUUGAUAUGGAAUGUGAUGCCUCGAAGGCAAAAUGUCGCUUUCGGAGCGCAAAAUAUAAAAUAAUCAAUUACUCUGUUGAAUUUUCUCUAGUAUUUACUAUAUUUUUAUACGGAAAUUUGUCUCCUUUUGAUUGAUCCUAAAUCAUGUUUAAGCUACGGAUCCUGACCGGUUAGUAGACUAGAUGUAGAAAUGACAUUAAUAUUUAUUAUCAAUUUGUGAUUGCAAUUAUAAGGUAAACGGGCCAGCUUCUGACAAGUGAUAUUACUGACUUAACUGGAUAGGCUCUCCUGCCUUGUGAUAAGAUUAAAUGUUCUUAAUGGAAAGAGUGGUUACAGAAGGGCCGUUUACCCUACCUAAUUUAUGUUGGAAGCCUACAUAAAGACUUAAAUUGUCUAGUCGGCUGGUAUUGCAUUUAUAAUUUAUUGCGGCCACGGCCUCGCAAUCGUAUCAUUUGCGCGACUAUAGACUCUAUGUAGCAUUACUAUAUUGUUCGAAUUUCACUGAAGCAUAUUUUUCCAUUGUAAUAAAUCCUGUUUUAUGCAGACUCACAUGUAUUCAUAGCGUAGCGUAUAGCACUAAAAAUCUACCAAAAAAAAGUUAUGGUCCACGUAUUUAUGGUUUCAGUACAGUGUAUUAAGGAAACUAUAUUUUAAAAUAAUGUUUUAUUUUUAUCGAAUUGCAUAUUUAUAAGGGUGACAAUCGUAAUUCAUUGGUCCGCUUAAUCACAUAACCUAAUUUUAUAUUAGCUUACAAUUAAUUAACAGAAUUGUUAGAUACGGAACAGUGCCUCGACCUGUACGAUAGUAUCGCACUGUACAUAGCCACCACAAAGAAUGGAUAGUUCCGACAAUUUUUAUAUUAAAAAGCUCGUGUUGAGAAUAAAAUUGUAUGUUAAAAAUACUUAUAUAUAUUGUUGAGAAUUAGUAGUACAUAUUUUAUUUUUGGUCCAAUGACAUAGAGUAAAGGUCCAAUGUUAUCGAUUAGAUGUUGUACUGUAUGGAAGCGUCUGCCGAGGCGUCGGCGUCGAUCAAUAAAUGCUCAUGAUGAUAUUCUUGUA